GAUCAAUUGCAAAACACAUUUAUUGGCUUUUGAGGUCUGGUCUGAUCUGAGCUGAUCUGAUACAAAAUGUCUGAUGAAGUGGUUCUUGUGAGUUUCUGGACAAGUCCUUUUGGUCUGAGGGUGAAAAUUGCCCUUGAAGAGAAGGGUAUUGAGUACCAGUACAAAGAAGAGGACUUGUUCAACAAAAGCUCUUUUCUAUUGGAUCUGAACCCAGUUCAUAAGAAAGUUCCAGUGUUAAUUCACAAUGGUAAAGUCAUAUGUGAAUCCCUACCCAUACUUCAAUACAUUGAUGAAGUUUGGAAGGACAAAUCUCCAUUGUUGCCUUCUGAUCCUUACCGGAGAGCACAGGCUAGGUUUUGGGCUGAUUUCAUUGACAAGAAGAUUUAUGCAGCAUGUAAGAAGGUAUGGAUGAGUAAAGGAGAAGAUCAAGAGACAGCCAAAAGAGAACUGAUAGAGAUCUUUAAGUUGCUAGAGGGAGAGCUUGGUGACAAGCCCUACUUUGGUGGUGACAACUUUGGGUUGGUUGACAUUGCACUUGUCCCAUUUUAUAGCAGGUUUUACACAUUGGAGAAAUUUGGAAAUUUCAGCAUAGAAGCAGAGUGCCCCCUUUUGGUGGCAUGGGCUAAAAGGUGUAUCGAAAAGGAAAGUGUGUCCAAGUCUCUUCAAAACCCAGAAAAACUCUAUGAAUUUGUUGUCAAGCUUAAUAAGAUGUUAGGAGUAGAGUAAAGUAGAGUAGCCUGCCUUCGACAGUAUUUAUAUGUUUAGUCUCCAAUUAGCAUGGUAAUAAAGAAGUUAUAGUUGCUCAAUUGAAGUUAUUUUGAUAGCAUUAUUGACAUUGUAAUCAAGAAGUUAUAUUUGCACAAUGGAAGUUAUUUUGAUAACAUGGUCUAUAUCGAUGUUUUUAUGAG